UAUCAGUGUCACCAACAGGGACAAGUGCCUGUACAGAGAGCCUAGUUUGUAUUGACGAUUGGCUCAAAUUUUGUGUACUUGAUCCCUUCCAGCGAGUCGUAUUCGACUGCCUUCUAUCAACUAGACUAGCCUUCCGCCUCGAUAAGUACCAGUUCCUUCCACCAUGGAGCAAGAGCUCCUGUCGUUGCUUGCGGACACGCAAUCCCCGGUCGCUGAGUCAAGGAAAUCUGCUGAGCUUCAACUGCUUCGUCUCUAUUCGAACGAGAACUUUCCUCUUUCCCUCGCCGCUAUCGCUUCUCACGAUUCCGUUCCUACCAACCUCCGCCAGUCGGCCCUAUCAGUACUACGCACCUUCAUCGCUGCCGCCUGGUCCCCGAAUCUAGAUGAGUUUAAGGGCCAAAUAUUGAUCAGUGAUGUGAAUAAGUCUCAGAUUCGCAGGGUCUUAUUGGAUCUGGCUACUGUCACAGAAACCCCAGACCGCAAAGUUAAAUCUUCUGCAAGCUUUGCGGUCAGUAAGAUUGCCAGCGCCGAUUUCCCCGAGCAAUGGCCAGAGCUCCUUCCUACGAUCCUCCAGAUCAUCAACGAUGUCAACAGCACAGCUAGCGCUCUGCAUGGUGCGUUGAAGGUCCUCUUGGACCUGGUAGAUACAGGGUUCAACGAAGAGCAAUUCUUUAAUGUUGCCAGGGAUCUUCUUACCUCAUUGUUUAACGUCGCAACCAAUGAGUCAAGAAAACCUAUGCUGCGAGCCUUAGCUGUCGCGGUGUUCCGCUCGUGCUUUGAUACGUUGGAGAUGGUACUCGAGCAACACAAAACUGCGGUCAAACAAUUUAUGGACGAGGUGCUUGGCGGCUGGUUUCCUUUCUUCGUCUCGACUCUGAAGGCACCCUUGCCGCAGGCUCCCAAUGAGGAAGAAGAACGCAAGGAAGGUGAAGUACCUUCGCAAUGGAGAGGUAUUAUUGGACUCAAGUUACAAGUGGUCAAGACUUUGAUGAAGAUCCGAAUGGUCUUUCCGGCUCUUAUGACGGGCCAGAGCCCGGUUUUCUUCUCUACCAUAUGGACAGAGCUGUCCAAUAUCCAGGCUGCCUACCAUGAGUUCUACAUCAACGACGAGAGACAAGGCCGUCUGGAAGAUGUGGACGGACUUCCUUAUACUCUGGACUUUUUGGUCCUGGAGGAGUUGGAUUUAAUCCAAACAUUAAUCAAAGCACCCCCUGUAAAGGCAGAACUGCAGCAGCAAUUACAGAACGCAGGGCAGACUGCGACAAGCUCCAGUUGGCUGCCCGAAAUUCUGAAGCUAGCCAGCUCAUACGCGCAGAUCACCACAGAGGAGGAGGGCUUGUGGGACAUUGAUGUAAACCUUUUCCUUUCAGAGGAGACAUCUGUCACAGCCAACUAUACCCCUCGCACAUGUAGCGGUGACCUGGUAGUCAAACUUGGUGAAUGGCUGAAGGCUCUCACGGCCGAGGGCUUACUUGUCUACUUGAAUAAUGUGUUUGCUGAUUCGUCUUCCACUUGGAAAGCCCGCGAAUCGGCACUUUUCAUUCUGAAUCAACUUCUACGAGACUUCCACGAGGUGUCCCAGCCGAUUUCCCCAGAAUUGGCCGCUGGUUUCAGUACCCUUAUUCAGUUUUCCCUCCAACAGGAGCAUGAAUUUCUUCGAGCUCGUGGCUAUCUUGUCGCUGGAAUCUUAGCACAAGUUUCAGGUGAAGCCUUUAGUGCAACAGCCGCUUCCUACCUCGAGGCAACUUUGAAGGCAAUCUCGGAAGAUCCGUCGGAAAUUGUUAAGGUUUCAUGUAUCCGGGCCCUGCAGGAUCUCAUGCCUUCCCUCCCUGCUAGCAUGACAGCUCCCUUGCAGGUCUCAGUGAUUUCAGCUAUAUCGGAUUUCGUCUCUGAGCACGACCUUAGUGAACCUUCCGACAGUGACGACCUCAAAGUUACACUCGCGGAGACGCUCCGUGAUACAAUCAUGGUGAACCCCAGUGUGGUCCUCUCAUCUAUCGCCAUCGAUGUUCUUUUUAACAUUGCCAGCAAUGGUGCUAACAAUUUCCAAUUAACAAUGAUUGUAACCGAGGCUUUUGAGGAUAUUGCAGAAUCUGUUGCAGACCAAGGCCAUGAUUCCUUUGUCCGUCUCUGCGAAAAAGUGCUACCUUCAUUGACAGGGGCCAUUGAUGUGGGGAAUCUCACACAAGAGAAUGCACUGACAAAUUUCGCUGCGGACCUUCUGCGAGCGCUCGCAGAAAGAGCCCUCGAACCUCUCCCAGCUGGGUUUGUUGAGGCCGUCAUGCCUAAGCUGAAUCGCCUGUUGUUGGAUUCGACCGACGCGGAACUUAUUCGCCCGGCAACCGAAGCUGUUAGGCAUAUGCUUUCGCACGACUUCAAUCAAUUCAUCACGUGGCAUGAUCCACAAAGUGGAAAAGAGGCAACUGAAGUUGUCUUGGUGAUUAUCGAUCGGUUGCUGGGUCCUGCCGUUGACGACAAUGCUGCGACCGAGGUAGGACAAUUAGCGGCUGAAUUAGUGGAGAAAGCAGGAUCAGAAAGACUUGGGCCUUAUCUGCCACAACUUUUGCGGGCGGUCGCUCAGCGACUUGCCACUGCCGAGCAAGCCCAGUUCAUCCAAAGCUUGAUUCUCGUCUUCGCUCGGCUCACUCUGAUCAGCGCGCGUGAAGUCGUGGAUUUCUUGGCGCAGGUGGACAUUGGAGGUCAGAGUGGACUCCCCAUCGUGAUAAGCAAAUGGCUAGAGAACUCAGUCAAUUUUGCGGGGUAUGACGAAAUCAAGCAGAACAUUAUCGCCUUGGCGACGCUUUACAACCUCGAAGACCCCCGGUUAGCACAAGUGCAGGUUAAAGGCGACCUUAUUAUACAGGACACCGGCCGCAUUAAGACACGAUCGCAGACCCGCAACAAUCCAGAUCAAUAUACGACUGUGACUGCCCCAUUGAAAAUCGUCAAGGUCUUAGUUGAAGAGUUAGCCGCAGCGUCAGGAAGCAAAGAGAUCGAUGCGGCCACGGCUGCAGCCCUUGAGGAAGAAGGCAGUGACGACGAUGAUUGGGAAGAUCUUCCUAGCAACACCCUUGAUCUCAGCCUUGGAGUCACUAAACAGGAGCUGAUGGCGUUCGGAGAGGGUGGCACAGAGGGGGUGUUUGGUGUGCGCAAGCGUGAUGACGAGACGCAAGCUUUCUUGUUAGACUUUUUCAGAAACGCAUCCACCAAGCCGGAGUUUCAACAGCUCUUUGCGGCUUUGACGCCGGCCGAGCAGGACAAACUUCAGAGCUUAGGAUGAGAAUUGGACCACUGAUAUACAAUGCAGGGACUUUGUGAAGGCCCACCCUUUCUCUCCUCGGUGGUUUGCUUUUCUGUUCUGUUUUUCGCGUAGCCUUUACCUCGCCCAACUUAAAAUGUGGAAAAUAAAG